AUGAUAGAAGGCCGUUCCCUCGCCGUCGCCAUUUCCAAUUCCUGCAUAAACCCUAAUAAAGUCGCCAACUUUACUCCUUUACCGGGUCUUCACCUUCGGGCAUCAAUGGCGACUCGUUACAGAGCUCUUUCAAAACGCUCGCCUUUCUUCCACAUUCUCAAGGCCAAUUGCUCAGCUGGGUGCUCUUCAAUCGCUUCUCCCGCUUCACUCCGCCGUGUCGGCAUCGAUUCCACCAGCUCGCGGUCGCUGUCUCAGGGUAUGCUCUGCAGUGCGAACCCAGGAGUUUGA